GGGAAAAUGCUGUUCCCACAGGUGCUGGGCAGAAUCCCGUCCGACAAGCCAGCGUUGCUGCAGGAAUCCCGUACUCUGUUCCUGCCUGGAGCUGCCAGAUGAUCUGUGGGUCAGGCUUAAAGGCUGUGUGUCUGGCUGCUCAGUCCAUACUGACUGGAGACUCCAGCAUUGUGGUCGCAGGAGGCAUGGAAAGUAUGAGCAAGGCUCCACAUGUCAUUCACAUGCGAGCUGGGGUGAAAAUGGGAGAGGCUUCCUUGCAGGACACUAUAAUCCUUGAUGGCCUUACAGAUGCUUUUUAUCAGUAUCAUAUGGGUAUAACAGCUGAAAAUGUGGCCAGUCAGUGGAAAGUCAGCAGAGGGGAACAAGACCAAUUGGCUCUACAGUCACAAAACAGGGCAGAGGCAGCACAGAAAGCUGGCUAUUUUACAAAAGAAAUUGUUCCUGUGCUUGUACCUUCUAAAAAAGGUCCAAUAGAAGUCAAAACAGACGAACACCCUCGACAUGGGAGCAACUUGGAAACAAUGGCAAAAUUAAAGCCCUGUUUCCUGACAGAUGGAACUGGGACAGUAACAGCAGCUAAUGCUUCAGGUCUAAACGACGGAGCUGCAGCUGUAAUUCUAAUGAAGAAGUCGGAAGCUGCAAGGAGAGGUCUUAUGCCUUUGGCUCGGAUUGUUUCUUGGGCUCAGACAGGUAUAGAUCCAUCUAUCAUGGGAGUAGGGCCGAUUUCAGCAAUAAAACAAGCUAUUGACAAAGCCAGCUGGACUCUGGAACAAGUUGACCUGUUUGAAAUUAAUGAAGCCUUUGCAUCACUAUCUGUUGCAAUAGCAAAAGAACUUAAAGUAAAUCCAGAAAAGAUUAACAUCCAUGGUGGAGCUAUUGCUCUUGGCCACCCUCUUGGUGCCUCUGGUUGUCGCAUCCUGGUAACUCUUCUCCAUGCGCUGGAACGAACAGGUGGAAAACGUGGUGUUGCUGCUCUGUGUAUAGGAGGAGGAAUGGGAAUAGCCAUGUGUGUUGAGAGAUGAACAGGAGUGAAUGAACAAAGAGCUAGUGGUAACUAGCUUUGAAAUGUUUUACUAAUAAACUUCUAAU